UAAUAAUUCAUUUACUCAUAUUAAUGUAACAAACAUUGAAUUUCUUUACGCAACGUCUCGCACUGUUCGAUUUGGAUCACUGAGGACUGAUACAAGCAACAUUAGUUGUUUUGUUGCUGAAUAGGUACUCAUGUUACAAAUUAUGCAGUAUUAUUUCCGAAUCAAGAACUAUGUCAAGCAAGUGUAGUGUAACGUCCGGUCACGUUUCAUUUUAUAUAAACUAGGUGACCAAGUCUUUAGUCAUUAACGCGUUUACCUCUGAAAACAAAGACCUAUUAUUAUUAUUUCAUGAAUCGUUUGUAAUAAUUUUAAAUUAUAUAAUGGUGGCCAGGGCUGUAAUCAUGUUCGCUGUCUUCUGCUCUCUGAGUUCAUGCUUUGGAAAUCAAACUACAGAAAGUUCAUCUUAUUACGAGAAUGCCACUACGCCGCUGGAUGUGAUGAAAUCUAGUCCUAGUUCAGAGCCCUCAGAACAAAAGCAAGACGGUCAAGUUCCUACCUGGCGCUCUUGGGAUCCAAGGAAAUUUUGGCAAUGGGGUCGCAGUAUAAUAAACGAGGCGUACACUUCUGAGUUAAUAGAGAGUCCAACGAGGAGACUUCAAAACCACGACGAAAACAGCAGUCGGCACAGACGAAAAUUGAAAAACAACAUAAAGUUUCUUGUUAAAAUACAACAAUAUGAAAAAUAUAUUUCUCUGUUAUUAUUUGUCUUAUGAUGAUUGAAAAGUGACCAUGAUCACUACAUCUUCCGCCGAGUUUCUUGCUGACCUUUUCAGUAGGAAUGGCAUUCCGAAUCAGUGGUAACUAUAUAGAUUCUUUAGACGAUUCUAAAGCACUUUUAAAAGUUUAUCUGAGGAACAAACGAUUUUCUCAUUCGAGAGCAUUCAAGUUUAUUAGACUUGUUAUUUUUAUGAACUGCUUGCUGAUUUUAUUUUUAAUGUGUUGCGUUUGGUGCAAGCUGGUUGAAGUGAUAUCUGAAAAUCAUCUACUUAAAUGAUAUUUGUAGAUUAGUUACAAAUACUCGGACCUGGGAAUGCAGAUGGCAAAAUGCUGGCUAGAUUUUGUUAAUUGCAAUGUUGCGAAAUAAGGUCAUACUGUCAGUGUCAAUUGUUCACUGUACCUAUUGUGAUCAAAUUGCAUGUCAAAUGAUCUAUCAUUUUCGGUGGUAUUUCCAAAAUAGUCCCCAAGUUAUUGUUAUUUCUUUAUGAAAUAGAAUAAUACUUAUUUUUAGGUAGAUGCGUCAAUAAAGCAGUUUGUAUAAUACUUAUAGGUACCUAUAAGAACUACAGUUACCUAUGUAUUACAUAGACUCUCAAAGAACUUUGACUCGACGAGAUAGCUCUGUAAUAGUACCGAAAGCCUUUAUCAAAGAUGAUUAUGAAGCUAUGUCUACGACGCGUGGACCUUCUACGGCUCGACUUGCCAGUGACUCUAGAACCUCUCUCGGGCACCGCCCGAGGGGGUCUGUUCGGAAAGAAAUUAUUACCAUUCUUUUCGAGUCUAUGCUAGACAGUAUAGUAGAAUCUUGGGAAGUAAUAGAACAACGUAAAACUGAAGAAAUUAAUAUUGAUAUUGGCAAGACCCCCAGUGAUGUAACGUCCACUAGCAAGAAAAAGAGACCACUAGCGAAACCAUCUAAAUCAAAAAAGAGUCGAUCUAAAAUUGAGUUAAAUGAUAGCAAUACCCAGAGCGAUUUGAUGCAAAUGUGUUGGUGGGCAGGACCAGAUGAAAAGGCGAUUAUUCGAUUUCGAAACGGAAACAUGUAUGAAGGCCAAAUCUCGAUGAAAUGCAUGCAUGGGGAGGGACGUUAUCAGUGGGCAGAUGGAACUAUUUUCUUAGGCCAAUUUGUGGAAAACGAAAUAAAUGGAAAAGGUACAAUUCAAUGGAAAGAUGACACAUGGUAUGAAGGCGAUUUCGCUGGAAAUCUUCGUCACGGCAAAGGUCUCUAUGUUAACUCGCGUGAACAGCGUUCUUAUACCGGGUCUUGGCAUUACGGCACCAAACAUGGCGAGGGAGUUAUUUGUUUCUCUGGAUCUAGUAAAAAUUCUUACGAUGGACACUGGAUUUACAACGUGCGUCACGGCUUUGGUUCUCGUGAGUAUUGCCAGAUGAGCGGAUAUAAAGGAGAGUGGAAUCAUAACAUAAGGGAAGGAAAAGGUUUAAUGAUAUGGCCAAAUCAUGAUUUUUAUAGAGGGGAAUGGAAAAAUGGUGUUAUGUCUGGAUAUGGAUUCUACAUUUGGGAUGCAUGUUAUAAUAAUUCUAUGUCCUUGCCAUCUUUGAUCGCAUACCGUGGCUUUUGGGAAAAGGGUGCACGCAACGGUCAUGGUAUACUGAACCUGGGUUUAGGAUUAGGUUCCCACUAUAAAGGAGAAUUUAAAAAUAAUAAAAAGCAUGGGGCUGGGAAAUUAGUCACUAACAAUGGACUUAUAUUACAAAACAAACAUUUAUUUUCUGACGACAAUGUUGGUGUUAUGACGCGAGAACAACAAGAAGGUGAAUAUGCCGUUGAUAAAUAUACUCAACUUCAACAAGAACCCUUCUGUUUUAAUUUAUGUGAUAGCUCGGUUGACCUUACUUACCACAUAGAACAAGUAAUUAAAAAUAUAGAUAAGCAACAAGAUAUUGUAAUUGAAAUCGUGAACGAGUUUAUGGAAGCUAACAAUAUUCACAUAUCACAUGUUGCAAAAUACGAAACUCAAAAGGACUUAGGUUUAAUAGGUCUUGGAGACUUGAUAGAUUUCGAAGUGAGCUCUCUAAAUAAAGCACUAACAUGCUACGAGACUAAUUUGAAAAAGAUAUACUAUCAGUAUGCAACUAUAUGUAACAAGGAAGAAAUACAUUUCACGCCUAUCUUAAUUCGUUUAUAUUUUUGGCAAUUGUAUUAUGACUGCAAUAUACAUGAAAAAGGCUUGACGCUAGUGGAAAUUGAUAUAGCAUUCCACGAGAAUCCUAAAUGGCUUUCAAGAUCGCCUCACAAUCCGUUUGAGAAAAUAUAUUUUUGGCAAUUCCAACACGGACUUAUAACAGUUGCGAGUAAGUUAUAUGCUAAAAGACAAUUACCGGGAAAGAAGCCAGACACCAUGUUGGCUAGUGCUUUUCGAGUUUUUAUGGAAAACGAUGUAUUACCUGGAGUUGGACGUAAAAAAGGUAAGCUGGCAGAAGGAUACGGUGCGUUCGUGCCACUGAAAGGUCUUUACGGAUUGUAUUGCAGUUUGGAAGAGCCUUGUACUAUAAGAUCAUUUUUGUGUGCCGUUCGAUAUCCACCACAUGAUAUCGAACAAAUCAACCCUGCCCUUGUGGAUCAAGAUUGUCAUAACCUGGGAAGGAAUGCUUACAUUUUUGGCGACGAAAUAACUUUUAUAAAUGAUGAACCAAUAAGCGAGGAAAACGAUGGUGAAAGCUUGAGUUUCAAUCCUCCUCUGAAACUAUUUAACUUUAGCAACUUGUCCAUUAAAACAAUAAUAAACAUAUGCCAUCGAAUAUUUCCACAAAUAUGCGUCGCGGACAAGAUAAUGGAUUUGAAUGUGGAAAUGACAUUUUUUGAAUUUUUCGAAGCAUUUAUCGCGUGUGUUGAAGAAAGUAUUCGUGUCACGGAUGAAGACGUUCGUCUGCAACAGAAGUCUGCAAGAUCUUUUACCGCAGAUAUACCAGCUUUGCCUAAAUCUAAAUAAAAGCUGUCGGCUUGUUUACUGCUCAGAAAAUCUUUUAAGUGACACAUUUAGAUACGUGGAUAUACCUUAGAUCUGUAUUUUGAACCUAACGGCAUGGACGUAGGUAUAAUACUCAGUUAUUUAUUUUGUUAAGGUAAGUAUAAUGACUGGCAAACUUGAAAAAUGCGCCAUAGUCGAUUUUUAGGUCUCUUUGGUGGACCAAAGGGGAUCCGACGGUACUUCUAGCGCACGGGUGCACGCGAUUGCCCGGCUUUGAAUUGGCCCUUGCCCCUUGCAUCAAGCGUUGCGCUCUUUUCCCCCUCACUACGCUGCUUUUUGCUCUAGAUGUUUGCCAGUCAUUUUACCUAUAACCUAGGUAAGGUAGAUAUUUGAAUAUAAGCAUAAACCUACCUGCCUAUAAAAUAACAUUAUGUAAUUACUUAGUACUUCAAAAUAACAUUUUAAGUGCCUAUUUUACAAAAUAAAUACGUAGGU